AUGCCACGUGCCACUCCCAUCGCAUUGCCCGCGGCGCGGUGGUGUCUGGCGUUCGCGUCAUCGGCGCCAACAGCGUCGUCGUUGCCGCUGACCAGCAGCGCUGCUACACCUGUUGAGUCGUACCAAGACAACAGGCCGAGACUCGCACCUCGAGCUCUACGGUCGGGAAUCAAAGCGAUCAACUCGCGCCGACUCGGCGCCGCGCCACACUCGUUGCCCUCUCUCUGCCGACGACCCUCGAACUUAUGGGUGCGCUGCUGCAGCGGCAACGCCGGGUGCAGGGCAGUUUCAUCAGCACCAUCAUUGCCAGCGUCUGCCGGUACGGCUGCCAAAUCUACCAGCGCUGCGCACCCGACUCCGCCAGCGCCCGCACCUGCACUGCAGGAGCGCCGCGUCUGCCCUGAAUGUGGGAAGCAUUUCCUGCGUGAGUCCAACCUUGUCCACCAUCGCACCACUCGUCACGGUGUUCAGGUCGCGUCUGCGAGCAAGGUGGCUCGAGCGGAGCUUGCCAUGCGCAACGCACAGCUACAGCAAGAGCUUGCCCGUGCGCAGGCACGGGUGAAGCAGCUGCGCGAGGGCAGUGACAGCGCUGCUCGGCAGGAACGCGACAGUGCGGCGACAGAGCCCACCGACGACGCGACCACCAGAGCCUACCCCAGCGCGGUGAUGACGGGGCGCUUGAUGGAGGUUGACGAGGCGGUGGAGCGGGCAUGGAGGCACAGUGGCCGGGGGCUUGGCACCGGCGUUUCGUUUGUGGUCUGCAUCGGCACCGUGCUCGGCCCAGUGGAAGUGGGGACCCUGCGCGGGGCCACCCCUUCCUCCGCGGCUGAUAGCAGCGCGACUGGGCCGCGCGUCCUGCAGUUUAAGCUGGAGGUGCACGGGUACCGGGAGCGCCGCCCUGGCCAGCUGAAGAUGUACCGGGCGCACCUCCUCGUCCGCUACGUAGCCUGGCAGCCCUAUCACCGCUACGGCGAUGGCGAUGGCGCGGGCAGCGGCGCGGCAGCGUCCUCCCCUUCCUCUACCGCGCCGCUGCCCUUCAAGGUCCAGGAAGGUGAUCUCCUGCGCGUCCAGGGGCACUACGCGCUGCAUACAAGCCACGACAUGGUAUCGAAGCAGUCGGCGGAAAACGUCGUCUUGGAAGCGGAUGCGGUGGGGCUGCUGCGACCGGCACCCGCGAAGGAAGCGCCAGCGGUGCCAGCGGGGGGGGGGGGGGAGGGGGACGGUAGUCCGACGCGGCAACGACAGUAA